UCAUCUGUGGGACAUGGGCGGUGCUGCUUGCUUGUUAUCCUCACAUGUAACAGAGGUCUGGAUCACAUUUAAAACACAUGUCAGUGAUCUAUGCAUGUGUGCUCUCACAACUCCAGAGGAAAAUACAUGGGGACUGGAUUUAACAAGCAAGUGACUUGAGAUAAGAAGGUGUGAGGAUCAGCAGCACUGGACGAGAUUUAGACGGAACUUUCUAUUCACUGAUAAAUGAGAGGGACCAGACUCUGAAAACUGUCACAGGCCUUUGCUUACUCCAUUUGGACAAAAGAGAGAGUGUUGGUAAGAAGCCUUAAAGGGAGUCUUUGAUUUUUAUGAGGCCAUUUUCAGCUACUACCUUGUUGCCUCGUUAUUCAAGCGGACACUUGAGGUUCUGCAUCAAAGCUUAACAAGUUCGAGGUUCAAGUUUUAAAGCCCCCACAUUUGGCUGGCGGGUGUCUGGGGUUGCUGUGACAGGUUACGUCUGGCACGCACACACACGCACAGUCCUGCACAGCUGUGAAGGGUUGAGAGUUUAUGUAGCACAUACCCGGAGGAGGUCAGCUGGUCUGGCAGUCAGAGAGGCAGACAUCUGUGAAAAGAGGACAAGUUCACACCGAGUAUUUCUCAGAGUCAAGAGCAGAGCUGAGGGACGCUGAUGAAGAUGAAACAGACUCUUGGUAGAACCUCCUGCUUGGUGACUCUGCUGGUGGAGCUCAGCUGGAUCAAUGUGAGCCUCGGCCUGCACAAAGAGGGAGGAAGUAGAGUAAUGAAGCAGUGGGAGAGGAAAGUGCGCUCGGCCUCCAGCCUUGAUGAGCUACUCAGACUUGCAGACUUCCCCGACUGGAAGUUGUGGAAGUGUCGCAUGAGAUUGCAGCAGUCUGAGACUCUUUUCUCGCCGCCUUCAGCGGGCUCCCACCGCUCCACGCGUUAUGCUGCAGAGUCUUACAGCCUGGAGAUACUCAAAGCCAUAGAUGAGGAGUGGCAGAGGACACAGUGCAUGCCCAGAGAGACUUGUGUGGACGUGGCCAAAGAGCUGGGCACGGACCCGUCUAUGUUCUUCAAGCCGCCUUGUGUAUCUGUCCACAGAUGCAGUGGUUGUUGCAAUCAAGAAGGUGUCACAUGCAGAAAUACAAGUACAGUGCUGGUAAAUAAAACUGUCCUUAGUAUAAUUCCAUUCAAGUUUGUACCAGAGCCGGUGCUGAUAAAAGUAGCUAAUCAUACAGAAUGCAGAUGCAUGGAGCCGGCCAUUAUACGACGUAACGCUCAACCUCAAAGGAGCAGUGGCUGUUCCCUGGUUGGACAGCUGUCAGAGGCAGAGGAUUCCAGGAGACUUUGUGUCAGUGGGUGGAUUUGGGAUUGUGCAAGUGACAGAUGUAUACCUUUCCCCUCCAGCAGACCAGAGCUUCCAAUGACUUCAUGGAUGCCUGACUGUGAGAUUGAUGUGGAUCACUGUGACUGCAUUGCAAUGCCUGAGCCAACUGCCCAGCUAAGACCAGUCCAACUCUGUCACCUUAACAGCUCCAUCUGUGCACACAGACGUCAACAUUUUGACCCUGCGUCCUGCAGAUGCAAGUGGCCCAAGUAGCAGCCCACUGGCAGAAUGAAUUAGGACAACCUGCCCACCAUUUUUUUUGGAAGCAGGGAAUAGAGGCUCAUAAUUUAUUUACAGUAUUAUUUAUGCUAAUCACGAGAACUAAUUAAGAUUAUAUUAACUCACAGGACCGUGUUAAUUGAUUUUUUUUAACAUGUUGAUUUUAUAUUUGA